AUGGGAGCUGGAGGAGGAGGAGGAGGAAGAGAAGGAGGUGGUGGACGAGGUGAGACGACAAAGGUGAAGCGGUGGGGCGAGUGGUGUAUGAGCAAUGGCCUUCAUCCGAGUACCUGGACGGGACAGUCAUACAUCAAGGCGGCACUUUUGACCACGCUGGUGACGCUUGUUGUUUUGGCAUUCACUGUCUUCAGAGUUCAGGAUCAUAUCAAGGACAUUCUCCGUUACAUCGAUGAACGCCGCAACAUCGGCGCAGUCCUGUUCAUUGUCUUCUACACGACCGCAUGUUGGUUGUUCCUCCCAGGCUCCCUCUUCACCAUCGGAGCUGGAUUUUUGUUCAAGCCGAUGCCCUUUGCACUGGCAAUUGUCUUGGUCGGGGAUAUCUUGGGCGCCAUCGGAUCGUUCUUGUUUGGGCGGUACAUCUUUUAUGACUGGGUCAUGGGCAUGAUGUCCAAACAUCCCAAAUUCACGGCCCUCGACGAGGUUAUCAAUGACGAUGGAUGGAAGAUCGUGGUAUUGCUUCGGCUGACACCCAUCCCCUUCAACCUGAUCACGUACUUCUUCUCCAUCACCUCCAUAAGCCUUACCACAUUAACAUGGGCAACAGCCGUCGGCGUCUUCCCCGGAUCUUGUCUCGGUAUCUGGAUCGGAUCACUAUUGAAAGGACUCUCAGGAAUCGACAACCCGGAACUGGAAAAGAAGAACAUGGUUAUCUUGGCCAUGAAUGGCGUUUUUAUCGUCUGCAGUAUCUUGACACUUUCGAUGUUUGGCAAGCGGUCGUUGAGAAAAGCAUUGGAGAAGCUGGAUCACCACCAGAGGUUCCUCCAACAGGAUCAGGAUGAGACCUACAACGAUAACGAAGAGGAGGAGCAUAGUCCCUUCCACCACCCAAGGGCGAUUGACCGGAUAGCAGAGGGAACCCUGGAGCGUGCAGAGGUGGAGGACGAUGAAGAGACAACAGCCGUAAUAAGUCCUCGGUCGUCAACAUCGCAGACGGUCUCUGCAGCAUCGUCGACCCAGGUGUCCAAGAGGAUACCCGAGUCGUUGCAGGACACAGGAUUCACACGGGCAGAGAAACUGACCUUUGUCGGGAUCGUCAUCGUUGCAAUUCUCAAUGUCUGUGUCUGCAUCCCGCUCUACUUCCACUUUGCCAAUCAGGACGACUAA